GUGAGAGCCCUGGAGAUGCUUUUAUGGUAGACACUGUCGACUGAGGCAUGCCUUUGCAAGGGCGAUAGGUGGAAAUCUCUUGCCAGCAAAUACCGCUGCCUGCAUUUGGUUUGCUGUCACCAGGAGAAGGAAUGAUACCUGAUAUCUGAUCCCCUACCCCCCCCCCCCCACUGUCUCUUCCUCAAGGGGCUGGGGAGGUGAGCCUUGAAAUCAGCCUGAGUCCUCAAGUGCCUGUCCUGCAAGGAUUGGCACCUCAAAUUGUAUUCAGGGUGGGGAUGGGGAGGUGAUAAGCUUGGCAAAUGUCCCGUAAUAGAACCAACAUUUAUCAAAGGCAGUUGGCUCUGAGCCUUACCCAGCACCACAUGCUGAGGCAGCAAGGCAUGGUGAGAGAUGGCUUCUGAAAUCUGGUCAGAAUUCGGGGAUUUGGGUUCCUCUGCCAGCCUAAGGCAGAGCUGUCCUCAGCUGCUGGGAGAACCUAGAACAGGGGAACACCUCUCUGGGUGGACUCUACAGCACCAUGGCCACGUUCUGGCUUGGGCCCCUAGCCUGUUCUAGCCGGCCUGAGCACAGGGAGUUUAGGUCAUGCUGGAGGAGCUGGCUGUGUGCAGGCAGCGGAGUGAGCUGCCUGCUAAUGGGGCUGGGCCACCCUGUGCUGCUCCCUGGAGGCUGGACAAGGCUGGGAUUGUUCCCUGGCUCCCCUUUGUCUCCCCACUCCCCGCCCAGGCCUGGCCCGCCUGCCCGGCCACUCUCCUUCAUCAGCCUGGCUGGCAGCAGCCUUGGACUCCGCCCGUGGAGCCCUGGGCCUGCUGACCCAUCAGCUUAGGAGCACCCACCAAGCUCUGGGUAAGGAAGCUCACCUGGGGCUCUGAUACCACCUCUCCUGGGGAAAUAGAGGUCAACGUGGAGGUACCAGGCCACCAUGCUCAGUCUCAAGCUGCCCCAACUUCUUCGAGUCCACCAGGUCCCCAGGGUGUUCUGGGAAGAUGGCAUCAUGUCUGGCUACCGCCGUCCCACCAGCUCGGCUUUGGACUGUGUCCUCAGCUCCUUCCAGAUGACCAACGAGACGGUCAACAUCUGGACUCACUUCCUGCCCACUUGGUACUUCCUGUGGCGGCUCCUGGCGCUGGCGGGCGGCCCCGGCUUCCGCGCGGAGCCAUACCACUGGCCGCUGCUGGUCUUCCUGCUGCCCGCCUGCCUCUACCCCUUCGCGUCGUGCUGCGCGCACACCUUCAGCUCCAUGUCGCCCCGCGCGCGCCACAUCUGCUACUUCCUGGACUACGGCGCACUCAGCCUCUACAGCCUGGGCUGCGCCUUCCCCUACGCCGCCUACUCCAUGCCGGCCUCCUGGUUGCACGGCCCCCUGCACCAGUUCUUUGUACCCUCCGCCGCACUCAACUCCUUCCUGUGCACCGGCCUCUCCUGCUACUCCCGUUUCCUGGAGCUGGAAAGCCCUGGGCUCAGUAAGGUCCUCCGCACAGCAGCCUUCACCUAUCCCUUCCUGUUCGACAACCUACCUCUCUUCUAUCGGCUCGGGCUGUGCUGGGGCAGGGGCCACAGCUGUGGGCAGGAGGCCCUGAGCACCAGCCACGGCUACCACCUCUUCUGCGCACUGCUCACUGGCUUCCUCUUCGCCUCCCACCUGCCUGAAAGGCUGGCACCAGGACGCUUUGACUACAUUGGCCACAGCCACCAGCUAUUCCACAUCUGUGCAGUGCUGGGCACCCACUUCCAGCUGGAGGCAGUGCUGGCUGAUAUGGGAUCUCGCAGAGCCUGGCUGGCCACACAGGAAGCCGCACUGGGCCUGGCGGGCACAGUGGCCACGCUGCUCUUGGUGGUAGCCGGGAACGUACUCAUCAUUGCUGCGUUCACAGCCUCCCUGCUUCGGGCCCCUAGUACAUGCCCUCUGUUGCAGGGUAGCCCACUGGAGGGGGGUACCCAGGCCAAACAACAGUGAGGCCCUGGAGGGGGCAGAGGCCAGGCCCCAGUGCUGGGGAGGAGCCCAGACCCAGGCCUCAUCAGGUAGGGACGCAUCUCAGCCUGGAACCAACGGUGGCUGAGGAGAGAGGGCAGAGGACAGAGGGCAGAGGAGAGGAGGAGUGUCUGGGGGGACUGGCAGAGUGUGUGAGGGACCACGAGGGGCUCUUGAUGGGACUGAGGGAAGUGCUGAGGGUCUGAGAGGGGAGGCGGGCGCGUGUCCAGGCUGAAGAUGCCCCCCUACUCUGUCAGAGGUUGGGGCGGGGAGUGUGGGGGCCGUUUUGUCUGGCUCCGUUUCUGGUGCUCCUGGAAGUCUCUGCUCAGCACAGGGAAGAACUAACACAACUAACCUCGGGCUACCCUGAAUGCUUCUUGCUAACCAGGCGGGGAGGAAACACACUUGGCCCCCGGCCCUGCAAGCCAGGUCAUGCCAGUUUGCCAGCAGCUGUUUACCUAUGGAGAUGAGCUGUCCUGGACACAACUGUGUACUCCAGGUGACCAGGCUUUUGGGGGUGGGCCUAUCUGGGUGCAUCAUGGAUGGUUCAGUGGACUGAGGUGUGGGGAGGAGGGUGCUGGGCUAGAGGGGGCUUUCUAGUUAGACUUCCUAGGCAUCCUAGGAGGCCACCUUCAAUGACUUCUGGAACAAAUAAAAAAAUAAAAUAAAACUUUGGAAAGCA